CGUACCCAGAACUCAAGCUUCAGAUUCUGUAUUUAUUGUGUCUGUUUUUGCUUCAGUUCUCAGGAGAGUCAAUCUCAGAGCGCACAUCCUCUUUAUAGCCACGGUGUGUGCAAGUGGCCAGGCUGCGACACAGUGUUCGGAGACUUCCAGUCAUUCCUCAAGCAUUUGAACGGUGAACAUGCUCUGGAUGACAAGAGCACGGCGCAGUGCAGAGUUCAGAUGCAGGUGGUUCAGCAGCUGGAGCUGCAGCUCACUAAAGACAAAGAACGCCUUCAGGCCAUGAUGGCCCACCUCCAUGUCAAGUCUACUGAGGCCAAACCAGCCCCUCAGCCAGUGAAUCUGGUGUCCAACCUCACUCUUGCUAAGGCAACCGUUCCGAAAACCACUCCCUCCAUGAGCCUGUCCCAGAGUGCCACGGCCCCGUCUACGCCCCUCACGUCACUCCCCCAGAUGCCCUCGGUCAUCAUCCCCACCAGCCUGCACAGCAUGGGACCCAUCCGCAAACGCUACUCGGACAAAUACAACAUGGCCAUGGACCAAGAUAUUGUGCAGAAUAAGGAGUUCUACUUGAGUGCUGAGGUCAGGCCUCCGUUUACAUAUGCAGCUUUGAUCAGGCAGGCCAUUUUGGAGUCUCCAGAAAAGCAGCUAACACUAAACGAAAUCUACAACUGGUUCACUCGAACAUUUGCGUAUUUCAGACGCAAUGCAGCAACGUGGAAGAAUGCAGUUCGCCACAACCUCAGUCUUCACAAGUGUUUUGUACGAGUUGAGAAUGUGAAGGGGGCCGUUUGGACCGUGGACGAGAUGGAGUUUCAGAAAAGGCGGCCACAAAAGCUCACUGGAUCACCUCUGGUGAAGAACAUCCAGUCCAGUCUGGGUCAAAGUCCCACCCUGUCUGCUCUGCAGGCUGCGAUGGUGGACAGCAGUCUGCCCCUAUAUGGCUCGGCAUCGAUGGGAGCGUCCAGUCUGAAGGCCCUGACCGGUGCGCUGCAUGAGGACAUGAGUUCUCACGAUCAUGAUGAUGGCUCCCGCAGCGACUCCAGCCUGGAGCUCUCUCCUCUGCCCACACUGCAUCGGUCUCAAAUUAAAGAGGAGCAGAUGGAGGCCGAGGACUAUAAUGGGUCCAUGUCUCCAGAGACAGAAGACCAGCACAGUCCAGACACCAACCACAACCCAGAGUACAGCGAAGAGCCGGGCCUCUCACCGUUCCACUGCUGAGAUCAGACUCCUGACAAACACAUACACACACACAAGUUACAGCUGCAACUUUUCCUUUUGGGAACUACCCUUUAUUUAUUGUUUCGAUUGACCUGUUUCUGUUGUACGCAAUGGUUUGACCUCAAUGGUACUAAAGGGCUCCUAGAGGGCGCUGUAGGCUACACGUCAUCUUUGCUUUGUAUAUUAAACACUACGGCACCGUAGUAAUCGAACGCUCACCUUGGAGGGAAGGCGCUUUCCCUGUCGGCCGAGGAAAAUUUGAAGCGGUCUACGACAAGAUUUAUUUAGCUUUCCACAAAAUCUGUUCACUGCAGCUGUGAAUGCUGAAUGAAAAGCUCUUUUAUUGUAAACGCGAGUUUAAAUCACCUCAGCCUCAAUACUGUAGGGUUAGUCGCCAUCGAGAGCCCUGGCUGCCGUGGCCUUAAAUUUCGGGCCGCUUAUCGGUAGAGUGGAAAAUGAAAUUGUGAAUGUCUAUCUUUUUUACCUCUUGUUUUUUCAAGAUAAAAACAAAACCAAAGGGGAACAUUUUAUAACCAGCACUUGAUGAAUGUUUUUCAAUUGUAGUUUUUGAUUUGUUUUUCACUUAGUGUGUACAGAAGGUUACUGUAUUUCCAUUAUCCAAAACAUUUACGCAAACAAAAAGCCUCAUUCUCAACAGUCACAACCAUUCGGUUAUUAGUAAAGCUGAACCAAACAUUUCCGUAUUUGAGUAGAGCAACUUUUCUUUUCUUUUUUGUAGAAAAAAAAAUCAAGUUACCAAAGAUUGUGAAAGAUGUUUUAAUGUUGUGUACCCUGUUUACAUUGUCCCUUUUGAUAUGGCCAAGACUAAGAAGUCUUCACUUGAGUGGAUUUGAUGAGUAUUGGAGGCAUUUAAUGUCACACUCAUGACAUUUGAGCAGUUUGUAAACCGCAAUCAUUUGAUUUGACAACGUACCACAGAGAAAUGAGCUGAUGAGGGAAAUAAUGCGUAAUUGUUGACUGAAUAAUUUGUUACACAUGUCCAAAAGAAAUAGAUGCCAUCUAUUUCAAAUCAACUAUUUCAGUUUUUUCAAUACUUCUGAAUAAAUGGCCUUAUGAUUAAUAAA